AUGGCCGCCUCGCCCCGCAUGAACGUGAUCGAGAAGAUCCUGUGCCACCACGCCGUGGGCCUCUCGCAGCCGCACGUGCGCGUGGGCGACGUGCUGUGCGUCAAGGCGGACUGGACCAUCGCCAGCGAGCUCACCUUCCAGGCCAUGGACACCAUGCACGCGGCCAUCGGGCGGCCGCCGCUGCACCGGCCCGACCGCUUCUGGCUGGCGCUGGACCACACCGUGGACCCGCGCGUGAACCACCUGCCCAAGCAGAAGGCGCUCAUCGAGAUGUCCACCAACUUCGCCAAGACCCACGGCCUCACGGACUUCCAGCCGGCCAACACCACCAUCAUGCACACCGAGUUCGCCCGCAAGCGCGCGCAGCCCGGCCAGAUCGUCAUCGGCGCCGACAGCCACACGUGCAGCGCCGGCGGCAUGGGCGCCUUCGCCGCCGGCCUGGGCGCCGGUGACGUCGUCAUGCCGCUGGUCACGGGCCAGACGUGGUUCAAGGUGCCCGAGGUCUGCUUCAUCGAGUUCGUGGGCGCCCCGCGCUUCGGCAUCGGCGGCAAGGACGUCAUCCUGCACAUCCUCGGAGAGCUCAAGCGCAACACGGUGGCCUUCGAGCGCGCCGUGUACUACGGCGGCUCCGGCCUCAAGUACCUCUCGGACGACGCGCGGUUCGCCGUGGCCAACAUGAGCACCGAGUUCGGCGGCAUCGCCGGCGUGUUCCAGGCCGACGCCAUCACGCAGCGCGUGCUCGAGGCGCGCGAGUCGCACUUCGACGAGGCGCUGUUCUUCGAGCCCGACGAGGGCUGCAACUACGCCGCCCACCACGUGAUCAACCUGGCGGACGUCAAGCCGCUGAUCGCGCUGUACCCGUCCCCGGACAACUGCGUCAGCGUGCAGGAGAAGUUCGGCAUGAAGCUGGACGGCUGCUUCAUCGGCGCCUGUACCACGACGCAGGAGGACCUGAUCCUCGGCGCCAUGGUGCUGCAGCAGGCCAUGCUAGAGGGCAAGCGCCCGUCGGCCAACGGCCAGCGCCGCGUGACCCCCGGCAGUCUCGAGAUCAUCGACCGCCUCAAGGAGCUGGGUCUCAUCCGCAUCUACGAGGAGGCUGGCUUCACGGUCGGCGUCCCGAGCUGCAGCUUCUGCGUGGGUAUUGGUGCCGAUGUCGCCGGCGAGGGCGAGGUGUGGCUCUCCAGCCAGAACCGCAACUUCCGCAACCGCAUGGGCAAGGGCUCUAUCGGUAACCUGAGCUCGGCCGCGGUUGUGGCCGCCUCGAGCUUCGACAUGGAGGUGGUGGACCCGCUGCCGUACCUGGACAAGAUCAACAAGGACGACUUCGACAACUACCGCAACUGGGUGGAGCCCGACGCGUCGACCCCGUCGCCGGCCAAGUCGACCAAGUCGUACAAGGUCACGGAGCCGCAGCCCGUGCUCGCCUCGGGCGGCGACGACGAGAGCGUUCAGCAGGCCAAGGAGCAGGCCGCUGUGGCUGAGCUGGAGGCCGCGCUGCCGCCCAAGUUCAGCGGCAAGGUGCAGGUGUUCGGCGACAACAUCGACACGGACGCCGUGAUCCCGGCCCAGUUCAUGGGUCUCAACAAGUCUUCGCCCCUGUGGCCCGAGGACUGCGAGACGGAGCUGGACGUGCUGGCCGCCAAGUCGUUCGCCUACGUGCGCCCCGAGUUCCCGCAGAAGGUCAAGGACGGCUUCAACAUCAUCGUGGCCGGCACGGCCUUCGGCAGCGGCUCGUCGCGUGAGGAGGCCGCCAUCUGCCUCAAGGCCGUCGGCGUGCAGGCCGUCAUCGCCAAGUCGUUCGCCUACAUCUACGCCCGCAACCAGCCCAACAACGCGCUGCUGGGCAUCGUCGUCACGGACGAGAAGUUCCACGAGCUGGCGGCCGAGGGCGAGGAGGUGACCGUCGACCUGCGCAACCGCGUGGUGAGCGUCAAGGACCACCAGGUGGCCUUCUCGCUCACGCAGCUCGAGGAGGCCUUCCUCAACGGCGGCGGCCUCAAGACGCUCUUCAAGCAGCACAAGGCGGACCUGUUCCGCGCCGCGAUGCGUGGCAAGGCCCCCAAGCCCAUUUCUUCGGGCGGUGUCGGCUGCGGCGAGGCGGCGUCCACUCCGUCCUGGGUGGGCGACUAUCACGUGAGCCAUCCCAUCGGCGCCAAACCUCUUGACCACUUUUCAAUUUCCAUCGGAAAGCACAAGUCCGCCUACAACAUGCGCUCGUCAUUCGGCCUCGCGUUUGCUCUCAUUGCGGUUGCCUUCAUCUCCAUCGACUCGGCCGCCGCUGAAAGUCUCCGUGGCGUCAACGAUGUUGGCUCGGAGACGCGCCAACUGAGGAGCAAGACCGCUCUUGAGGAAGAAACCGACUACCACCACGGCUACCAGAAGAGGAUCUGCGAGUUUGGAACGUGCUGGUAUGUCGGCAUCUUUGACUACGCCAACAAUCGUCGUGGUACUAACGGUGUCGGCUCGGAGACGCGCCAACCAAGCGAGACCGACGGCACUGCGGCAACUGCUUCUGCAGAUGGGAGCAUGGACGAACUAGCGAACGGAAUCCACUACCCCAACGGCAACCCGAAGAAGCGAUGCGCGUUCGGGACGUGCUGGUAUAUCGACAUCUUUGAGUAA